UUUCCACUAAAAAUUUCAUUUCUGCGUUUCCUUCACUGCCACAUCUCCACUUUCCCUUUCCCUUUCCCUUUCCCACACGCUCAAUACAAAACAAAACCUUAUUCUCCCAAAAAUAUUUUGUUCGAUCGCCUCUCUUUCACUCCUCCGAGGUUUCUUUAAUAUCAUUACUCCUACAAUGGUCGACGUCGACCGGAGAAUGUCCGGUCUGAACCCGGCCCACCUGGCCGGCCUCCGCCGCCUCUCCGCCAGGGCGGCUUCGUCUCUCCCCCUAACGCCGCCGCCGCCGCCGCGGACCAGUCUCCUGUCCUUCAACUCCCUCGCCGACAAGGUUAUUACAAGUCUCAAAAAUUCCGGCGUCGGAGUCCUGCCGGGGUUGUCGGAAUCGGAGUUCGCGUUAGCCGAGGCGGAGUUCGGCUUCGCCUUUCCGCCGGAUUUGAAAGCCGUAUUGUCGGCGGGUUUGCCCGUCGGCGCCGGCUUCCCUGACUGGCGCUCGGCUGGCUCGGCUCGGCUCCAGCUCCGCGCCGCGAUUGAUCUCCCCACGGCUUCGACUUCCUUCCACAUCGCCCGGAACGAUCUCUGGUCUAAGCCGUGGGGCCCGAGGCCCGAGAGCCCGGAGAAGGCCCUGAAAAUAGCCCGGAAUGCUCUUAAACGGGCCCCGCUGCUAAUCCCUGUUUUCAACCAUUGUUAUAUUCCUUGCAAUCCUUGUCUCGCCGGAAACCCGAUUUUCUACGUCGACGAGAACAGAAUCUUCUGCUGCGGCUACGAUUUGUCGGAUUUUUUCGAUCGUCAGUUUGCCCUUUUUCACCGAGGCUCCGACCCGAGGAUCCAGCGGUCCAUCAGCGCGAAUUCGGUCGGGUCGUCGGCGGAUUUUUCGAGGAGGAGUUUAGACGGCGGGCGGCGGACGCCGCCGCGGUGGGUGGAGUUCUGGAGCGACGCGGCGUUCGAUCGCCGCCGGAGGAGCUCGAAUUCGUCGGAAUCGUCGUCGUCUUCGCCCGACAGGCGGCCGGGCAUACCCAGAUCCGAACCGCCUAAAUGGGUCGACGAGUACGUUACCCAAAUCGGGUCGGUUCUGAGGGAGAGCGGGUGGGCGGAAUUCGACGUAUCGGAGAUCGUACACGUGUCAGCCGCAGGAUUCUUCGAGGGUGAAAUGGUCAUGUUGGAUAGCCAAUCAGUGCACGACGCGUUGCUUCUGAAAGCGGAUCGGUUUUCGGAUACGCUACGAAAAGCUGGGUGGAGCUCCGAGGAGGUAUCCGACGCGUUAGGGUUUGAUUUCCGACCGGAAACCGAGAAGAAACCGGUGAAGCAGCUGUCGCCUCAGCUGGUGGAGAGAAUCGGGAAACUGGCUGAGUCGGUAAGCCGGUCGUCGUCUGCUUCGUCAUCAAAUUCGUAAUAGCUGUUAAACCUGCAGCUGCUAAAAGGCAAUGAAGAUUCUCUCUAUCUCUUUUCUCUUCUUUUUAAUGUCAAUCGAAGCCAGUAGUGUGUCUGGUUGCUUUGUCUUUUGUCUUUUUUCUUUUUUCAAACAAACACAAUAUCUGAGCACA